GACAAGUCGCUAAGAGCUAACUUGACAGGAUCGGGCCUGGGCUCCUUAAACCAAGUGUCCCCGCCCCACUGCUGGCUCAGCGGGUCAUCGGGAAGCGCCAGUGCGGGGACUUCCAGCCCGCUCAGAGGACUCGCCCGCAGCCCGGACUCCUGCCCCCCGCGCGCUCGCGGCCCGACGGCCGCCAUUCCCGCCGCCCCGGCCCUCACAGGACCCGCCUUUCCCUCCUGGCGACCACUCCACGGCGCCCCCGCUCCCGCAGCCCCCUCUCUGGGUCCGGCCUGCCCGCCUCGGCCCCGGGACCCGCCUGGCUCCGCCGGAGGGUCUUCUGUGGCUGCGGCUCCUGCGCCUGCGACCUCAGCGGCGGACCUGACCCGGAACUGCUGAGCGGCGGCGGGACCUCGUCGCCGACUCGUCCCGGGAACCCCGGCCCCGAGCCCCCGCAGUCCGGUUUCCACCCGGAGCCGGAGUGGAGGCUGUCGGAGCCGCGCGGCCGCGGUGAGGGACGUAGAUGGAACCCAAUGCCUCACACUUGCUAGGCAAGCACUCUUCCACUGAGCCACAACCCUAUUUUGAUUACUUUUUGAGGUAAUUCGUUUGGCAUAGAAGUCUUCUUUGAAAAACUUUGUGUAUUAUUGAAGGAUGGCAGAAGCAGUUUUGAUUGAUCUCUUUGGUUUGAAGUUAACCUGUCAGGAAAACUUCCAUGAGACAUUAUUGAAGACAUUGAAUGUCAUCCAAUACCACCUUGCUGCCAAGGCCAAAUUUCUUUGCAUAAUGGAUUGCAGGAAAAUGAGCUGUGAAAGGGAUGGUGAACAUGAUAAUUGUGAACUGGAAACAAGCAAUGGAUUGUUAACUCUUAUGAGAGAAUUUGAGAUUAUUAGAAAUCCCAGCAUGGCUGCCUCUUUGUAUACCAUUAAACAAAAAAUAGAUGAAAAACAUCUGAGCAGCAUUAAGGUAAUUGUACCUGCACACAGGAAAACCUUAAUGAAGGCUUUUAUUGAUCGUCUCUUCACUGAGGUUUACAAUUUUGAGUUUGAAGAUUUACAUGUGACUUUGAGGGAUGGCCUUUUGAAACAGUCCACUGAGAUAAACACAAUCACAGCUCAUGAACUAGAAGAAAUCCAGAGUGAAAUAGAAACAUAUUUGAGAAGUCUGCCAGCACUGAAAGGAGAAUUAACUAUUAUCACAUCUCCUUUGAUCCCAGAUAUUUUCAUACAUGGAUUUACUACAAGAACAGGUGGGAUAUCUUAUAUACCAACUCUUAGUUCCUUCAAUCUCUUCAGUAGUUCCAAACGAAGAGAUCCCAAGGUGGUUGUUCAAGAAAAUCUACGUAGGUUGGCAAAUACUGCAGGAUUUAAUGUGGAAAAAUUUUAUCAAAUAAAGACUGAUCAUGCCAAUGAAGUCUGGAUUAUGGGAAGGAAGGAGCCUGAAUCUUUUGAUGGAAUAACUUCGAACCAGAGAGGAGUCACAAUAGCAGCUCCUGGUGCUGACUGCAUACCUAUAGUUUUCGCAGAUCCUGUCAAAAAAGCAUGUGGGGUUGCUCACUCUGGCUGGAAAGGUACUUUAUUAGGAGUUGCUAUGGCUACAGUGAAUGCUAUGAUAGCAGAAUAUGGCUGUAGCUUAGAAGACAUUAUUGUUGUACUGGGACCUUCAGUAGGACCUUGCUGUUUUACUCUUCCCAGGGAAUCAGCAAACGCAUUUCAUAAUCUUCAUCCUGAAUGCGUACGACUUUUUAACUCACCCAGACCCCAUAUUGACAUCCGUAAAGCCACCAGACAUUUGACUGGAUUUUUUAAUGACUUCCUGUGUCCUUCCAAACUGAAUGCAAGAGAAAAACUACUAUUUGAUUUAUGUAAAACCAAGAGGAUUACAAUGGAUAAUUCAUCUUUAGGGUACAUUUUCUCUUUUAUUACCAAAGCCAAAUGAUUUUCACUGAACUUUAUUGCUAACUGCAGUGACUUGGGAAGCUGAGACAGGAGGAGCACAAGUUCAAGGUCAGCCUCAGCAACUAAGUGAGGCCCUUAGCAACUCAGUGAGAUCCUGUCUCAAAAUGAAAAAUAAAAAGGCUGGGGAUAUAGUUAAAUCACCUCUGGGUUCAAUCCUCAGUUCAAGAAAGAAAGACAUUAUAAUGAAACUGACAAAAUAAUCAGUAUAAGUAUGAUGUUUUACAGAUGAAAAUGAUUCUUUGGUAUAGCCUAUUGAAAUGAGGAAUAGGUCUGCUCAGUUUAGUAUUUAGUAGAUACUGUCUUUGUCAGAUAUUGUGCUAUCAAAGUGAAUCAAAAUGAGUAAGACUUUUCCCUUUGGGCCUACUGCAGUAGAGGAGAUGAACACUUUUUGAAACUAAAAUGUACUUUUAAUAACAGUAGAAAGAAGGCAAUCACAGACAGUGUUACAGAGAAAAUGACAUAUACAUAGACCCAAAAUGAAGAACAACCAUAACAAGUAGAGGGAACACCAUGAUCCAGGGCAUGAAAUUGUGAAAGUUUAUAACAUGUUCUAGAGAGAGAACAGAGUGGCCAGAAUUAGGAGUGGAAAAACAGGUUGGAAAUAGAUUAGCAGGAUCCCAAAUGCCAUGUCGAAGAGUUUGGACUUUAUUUUCCAGAUAGUGUGAAAGCAUCAAAAAUAGAGGAGUGUUUUGAUUUCCUUGUCAUCCAUUCACAGGACGGAUUCAAAUUUUGAGAGACUUAAACCAGAGAGAUUAGAUAAGAGGCAGUGAAAAUAUUUCAAAAAAGAAAUAACUAAGCCCCAAUAAAGACAGUAGACAUUAAAAUGGAAAAGAGUAGAUGCAUUAGAGAGACACUUCAGAGAUGGAAUCAAUAGAUUAUGUGAAUAGAUCAUGGAAAUGAGAAGGGUGCAAGAGUGGAGAAGUCAUUGAUGACUCUAGAAUUUUUGUUCCACCAACUACCAUGAGUGGUAACAAAGGAAGGGAGGAGGUUUUAGAGAAGGGAGAAAGGUAGUGAAUUUCACUUCAAACAGAAUGAAGACCAUGCAGAUGGAAAUAUUUCGAAGGUACCUUGAGACAAACACAUGGAUCUAGAAGUUGGCUAUGUCAAGAGGAUGCCUGAGUCUGUUGGAGCAAGUUGAUCAUCUAAGAAAAAAAAUAGGGUGAGCAACCUAGAGGUACAAGUAUGGAACCUCAUAGAACACCUGCAUUUGACGAACAAGAAGCUGAACCAGUUACAAAAAAUAAUUAUAGAAAUAAAUAGGGUUUUGCAGAAGCCAACAUAGUUAUGAGAGGUGCUGAAAAAGAAAUCUUCAGGUGUAAAAUAAAGCAAAAGCUGAGAAGAAAAAUUAAUGGCUUGGCUGUAUUGAAGCUGUUCUGCAGGCAGUGGUGGCCAGGUCAGAUGUUGGUGCAUUGAGGAAGAGGAGGCAUAGGCGUCCAUUCUUUGACAAUAUUUGCUUGAGAAGAGAAAAAGCUUGAAGAAAGAUAUAUAUAUAUACAUUUGAAGAAAGAUAUAUAUAUAUAU